AUGGACCCCAACUGGGACACUGUUGACUGUCUGUUGGAAAGAGGGCUGGGGUCCAAAAUUCCGACUUUCCUCCCUGCAGAGCCGACUGCAGAGGACAAAGCCGCUACCACCAUCCAGGCUUCCAUCCGGCGAUAUCUGGCACGAAAGGAGAUGGCCCGUAGACGGCAGAAGCGCCAGCAGUACCUGGAUGAGAUGGAGAAGCUGCAAAGAGAGGCCUACCUGGCCUUGGUGCGCCGGGAGCAGGAGGAGGCCCGGCGGCAGCGUGAGCAGGAGGAGGCGGCGGAGCGCGCGCGGCGGGAGGAGCUGCAGCGUCGCCGCCGCCUGCUGGAGGCCGCGUUCGAAGGGGACCUGGGCGAGAUCCGCGCCGUGCUGCAGGAGGUGGAGCAGCUGCUGACGCGCGAAGGUGUGGGCACCGACGAGGCGGGCAAGGCUCGGCGGCUGCAGAGGCGCGUGGCCACCGUGGAGUGCGAGGACAGCCACGGCAACACGCCCAUAUCCGAGGCGGCGGCGGGCGGGCAGGCCCCGGCCAUCCAGCUGCUGGCUGAGCUGGGCGCCAGCCCCAACAGCAAGGGCGCCUUCGGCCGCACGCCGCUCUACCGGGCAGCCUUCGGGGGCCACCUGGAAGCCGUGGAGGUGCUUCUGAAGCUCGGAGCGGACCCCCGGGUGUACGCGGAUGACGGGAGCACUCCGGAGCAGGUGGCUUCCCUGGAUGCAGUGAUCAGCGUGCUGCAGUCGUGGGACCUGAGCCUCACAGAGGCUAUGCUCCGGAACAUGGAGGCUGAGCAGCAGCGCAGGGCCCAGGAGGCCCAAAAGCACAAGGAGACUGAGGCCAAGCGCAUCAACCUCAAGGUGCAGCAGCUCACCAAGGAACAGCAGAAGUGUCACAAGGAGCUCCAGCAGGCCUACUGUGAGCUCAAUCGGAGGAUCAUGGAGCACGAUAAGUGUGAGAGGAAGUGCAUGGGCAAGACGGAGCUCACGCUGCAGGCCAUCAAGGACGCAGAGGCCCAAGUGGACAAGCUGCGGCAAGUGGCACAGAAGGCCGAGGAGACCCUGGCUAUGGCCAGGCUGGAGCUUCGGGAGCAGACCCAGGAGGACGAGGAGACGGCAGCACCCGGGCUCAAGUGCCUGGUCACGGAGCUUCAUGAUGUGCUGAUGAAGGAUGUAGGUGACCGCAUCCGUGCCGAUGGACGGUGGCCUCUUGUCAUCGACCCCUCUGGCCAGGCAGCCACUUUCUUGAGAUACCAGGACAGCAACUAUGUGGACACUGUAAACCCGGAGCACAUGAGACCCGAGAGGAUUCGGCUGGCUCUGCUGGGGGCGCUCAGGUACGGGAAACCACUGGUGUUUGACCUGCGUGAAGUGGACCUGUUCCCAUCAGUGCAGCAGCAGCUGGAGGCGGUGCAGCCUGGCCUGGCACAGGCACUGUGGAGUCGUGAGCUGCUGGCCCAGGAAAGGUAUCUGUCACUGCUGCAGCCCACUGAUGGACCUGAGUAUGAACCCUCCCAGUUCCAAGAGGCACGCCUAGAGAACUUCCGCCUCUUCUUCGUCACCCGUGUUCAGUGGCCGCCAGCUGAGCAGCUGCAGAUCCUGCUCCCAGUGCGUGUGCAGCUGUCCAGGGGAGGAUUGUAGUUGUACCCCAAUAAAGCAUGUG